AUGGCAAAAGAAAGUCAACACCAGGCACUAGCAGCACUACCAGGUACUACUGUUGCAACUGCAAUAGCAAAUAAUGCCACAGAACCAGCGAUACCCGGAGGAGGAAAAGGCGGCGCACAAGAAAAUUCAUUUUCAAAGUUAAAGGAGAAAUUUAUGAAUGAACUAACCAAAAUUCCAUUGCCACCUUGGGCCUUAAUAGCCAUAGCCAUAGUUGCCAUCUUAUUAGUCCUUACCUGCUGUUUCUGUCUGUGUAAGAAAUGCUUGUUCAAAAAGAAAAACAAGAAGAAGGGCAAGGAGAAGGGAGGAAAGAAUGCAAUUAACAUGAAAGAUGUAAAAGAUUUAGGCAAGAACUUGAAAGAUCAGGCCCUUAAGGAUGAUGAUGCUGAAACUGGAUUGACUGAUGGAGAAGAAAAAGAAGAAGUCAAAGAAGAGGAGAAAUUAGGGAAAAUCCAAUAUUCCUUGGAUUAUGACUUUCAGAACAAUCAGCUUCUGGUAGGGAUAAUUCAAGCUGCUGAGCUGCCUGCUUUAGAUAUGGGUGGUACAUCUGAUCCAUAUGUGAAGGUUUUCCUGCUUCCUGAUAAGAAAAAGAAAUAUGAGACAAAAGUUCACAGGAAAACCCUUAACCCUGUCUUCAAUGAACAAUUUACAUUCAAGGUGCCGUAUUCUGAACUGGGAGGAAAAACUUUAGUGAUGGCAGUAUAUGACUUUGACCGCUUUUCUAAGCAUGAUAUUAUUGGAGAAUACAAAGUUGCCAUGAACACUGUAGAUUUUGGUCAUGUGACUGAAGAAUGGCGAGAUUUGCAGAGUGCUGAAAAAGAAGAGCAAGAGAAGCUAGGUGACAUCUGUUUCUCUCUCCGCUAUGUGCCUACUGCUGGCAAGUUGACUGUUGUCAUCUUAGAAGCAAAGAAUCUGAAGAAGAUGGAUGUGGGAGGCUUAUCAGAUCCCUAUGUGAAAAUUCAUCUGAUGCAGAAUGGAAAACGGUUGAAGAAGAAGAAGACAACAAUUAAGAAGAACACUCUGAAUCCUUAUUACAAUGAAUCAUUCAGCUUUGAAGUACCAUUUGAGCAAAUCCAGAAAGUGCAAAUUGUUGUGACUGUUUUGGACUAUGACAAGAUUGGCAAGAAUGAUGCCAUUGGCAAAGUCUUUGUGGGCUACAACAGCACUGGUGCAGAGCUGCGACAUUGGUCAGACAUGUUGGCCAACCCAAGGCGACCCAUUGCACAGUGGCAUACCUUACAACCAGAGGAAGAAGUAGAUGCCAUGCUUGCUGUCAAGAAGUAGGAAGAAAGUGAAAUGUGAAAAGAAGGCCUUUCUGCAUUUGCCCAUAUAGUGCUCUUUAGCCAGUAUCUGUAAAUACCUCAGUAAUAUGGGUCCUUUUAUUUCCAGCCAUGCAUCCCCAACACAGAUCAGUGGUACUUCUACUCUUGUUUUAAUUUGCACAACUU